CCUCACUCAAAAGAAAACAUAGCGCAAAAUUCGAAGAGAUUUAUAACAUUCUAAGCUCAUACACAUAUCGAUCAUGAAAGAAGUUCAUUUCCUUCUCACACUUGCUGUCCUGGCUUUGGCAAGCUCCAUUGCCUCUGCCUCUGAUCCGAGCCCUCUGCAGGAUUUCUGUGUGGCAGUAGAAGACCCCCACAAAGCUUUGUUUGUGAAUGGGAAAUUCUGCAAGGAUCCCAAGCUUGCCAAGGCUGAAGAUUUCUUCUUUUCAGGACUCAAUGUUCCAAGAGACACAAACAACCCGGUUGGAUCUAAUGUGACACAACUGAAUGUGGACAAGAUUCCGGGACUCAAUACUCUUGGAAUAACAUUGGUUCGCAUUGACUAUGCACCAUACGGCCAAAACCCACCUCACACUCAUCCUCGUGGCUCUGAGAUCCUAGUUGUCGUUAAGGGAACUCUCUACGUGGGCUUUGUGUCAUCGAACCAAGAUGGAAACCGAUUGUUUACCAAGGUAUUGAAAGAGGGAGAUGUGUUUGUAUUCCCGGUUGGUAUGAUUCACUUCCAGUUCAAUCCAGGACACGCUCCAGCAGUUGCAUUUGCUGGUCUUAGCAGCCAAAACGCUGGAACCAUCACCAUUGCAAACUCUGUGUUUGGAUCAGAUCCUGCCAUUAACCCUGAUGUCCUUGCCAAGGCUUUCCAAGUUGACAAGAAUGUGAUUAACAAACUCCAAAAGCAGUUUUGGUAUGACAACAACAACUAAACUAAACACUCUUGAGGAAGAAGUUCAAAAUCCUUGAAUGGAUAAAUCAUUGUUCAACAUUAUUUUUUCCAACACAAUCUUUUGUUUACUAUUUUAUUUUUAUGUUUGUUCUCAUAAUGCAAUAAAUAGCAAUAGUAUGCUCAUGUGUGUAUUGCUCCAAAAUCAUUGAAAAUCAUAGUCUUAUUAUAAGAUUAUCGUACUCGUUUAUAAUAAAAUUAUAGUCUGAAUUAUCA